AGAUUCAAUAUUUUAAUGUGGUUCAGCCCAAGUGUCUUAUUAUCCAAUCCAGUUAUCACUACUUCAUCCUAAAUUUUAUCGCCCCCAAGGUGAAGAUUUGUGUAUGGUGGGUAUUACGAGGUAUUCUUCUGACCAUUUAUUGUUUGAAUUCCAGGGGUAUGGAGCUUGAUAAUGUUUGUCCGCUCUGUGGUUGUUUGGGAUAGACGAUCAAACAUUUAAUUUUGCUCUGUCCAUUUGCAGUUUCGGUUUGGGAGGCUAGUGGGUUGCGUGUUACUCCUUGAGUCCUUGUGCUGGGGCGACGUCUCUUACGAAUUGGUUGCAGGUGAUUACUUUGGCAGUUUCAACAGUAGAGCUCGCCUCUAUAUGUUGGACCAUUUGGACUAUGGAAAUGUCGUAACACUGCAGUAUGGGAAAGCCGAGUGAUGACCCCGGUGGUGGCUCUUUGGUUGGUGACGACUUUGGGUGCUGCUUGGAAGGAAACCAAUUAUUGGGACUUCUGUGUCACCCCCGUCUAUGAAGGGUCCCAUCCCUGGUGCUAUUCACUGUUUUUUUUAUGCUGCUAUUUUCCCCUCCCUGGGCUUAGUGGGAUUCGGAGGGGUUAUAUUUUCCUCGUCUCAUGAUUUUCGGGCGGCUAGUGCUCAAAGGAUCUGUUGUGCUCAAGAACUGGCAUUGGCUGAAGCUAUGGCAUGUCAAGAAGUUUUGUCUUGGUUAAAAGAACGUGGCUACCGGACUGUGAUGCUUUUUUCUGAUUGCCUUCGAGUUGUGGAGGCCAUUAAUCAAGGAGCUAUAGAUUGUGCUUCUUAUUUUGGUUCGGUGACUGAUGAUUGCAAGUUGCUUGCUUAUAUAUCUUUGUUUGAUCUUUUUUCUUUAUCCUUUGUUUGUAGAUCUUAUAAUGUUCUUGCGCAUUGUCUUGCUAAACGGUUGGAAAUCCAUACUGGUGUUUGGAUCGUUCACCGCUGGAUUUUGUUGCUCCUUUGUUGAAUUAAUGAAAGUUUGUUGCCUUCAAAAAUAUAAAAGACCCAAGCAAUGAUGUUUCAGGGGAGGCUGAAUAUACUGACGACAUGCCCAUGCCCCCACAUAGUUUGCAUGCUGCACUUAUAUUGAGUAAAAAGCCUCAUGCACGUAUACUUUCAAUAGAUGAUUCAGAGGCCAAGGCCUUUCCUGGAUUUGCUGGAGUAUUUUAUGCCAAAGACGUUCCGUGUAAGAAUAUGAUCGGACAAAUUGUAGAGGAUGAAGAACUUUUUGCAGUGGAAUACGUUACUUGUGUAGGUCAGGUUAUUGGAGUGGUUGUCGCUGAUACUCAUGAAAAUGCAAAACAUGCUGCUGGAAGGGUUCAUGUUGAGUAUGACGAUCUGCCCGCAAUAUUAUCUAUAGAGGAUGCAAUCCAGGCUAAUAGUUUUCAUCCUAACACUGAAAGGUUUUUGAGAAAGGGGGAUGCUGAACAAUGUUUUCAAUCGGGUCAGUGUGAUAGGGUUAUAGAAGGAGAAGUCCAUGUUGGUGGCCAAGAACACUUUUACUUGGAGCCUCAUAGUACUCUAAUAUGGCCAGUGGAUAGUGGCAACGAGGUGCACAUGAUCUCAUCUACACAGGCCCCUCAGAAACAUCAGAAGUAUGUGUCUCAUGUUCUUGGUCUACCAAUGUCUAAAGUGGUUUGUAAGACCAAAAGAAUAGGUGGUGGGUUUGGAGGCAAGGAGACUAGAUCUGCUUUUGUGGCUGCUGUAGUUUCUGUUCCUUCAUACCUUUUGAAUCGUCCAGUAAAAAUUACAUUGGAUCGAGAUGUGGACAUGAUGAUUACUGGGCAGAGGCAUAGCUUCCUUGGAAAGUAUAAGGUAGGUUUUAAGAAUGAUGGAAAGGUGCUUGCAUUAGAUCUUGAACUUUACAACAAUGCUGGGAAUUUACUUGAUCUGUCAUUAGACAUACUUGAACGGGCUAUGUUCCAUUCAGACAAUGUCUAUGAGAUACCAAAUAUCACAAUUAAUGGAAGAGUUUGCUUCACAAAUUUUCCAAGUAAUACGGCUUUUAGAGGUUUUGGAGGUCCACAGGGAAUGCUUAUCACUGAAAAUUGGAUUGGAAGAGUUGCUGUGGAGGUUAAGAAAACUCCUGAAGAAAUUAGGGAGUUGAAUUUUCAUAGAGAAGGAGCAAUCUUACACUAUGGUCAAAAGAUUGAACAUUGUACUUUGGGACGUCUCUGGAACGAAUUGAAGUCAUCAUGUGACUUUGCUAAUGCUUGCAAAGAUGUUGAAAAAUUCAAUCGCGACAAUCGGUGGAAGAAGCGUGGAAUAGCCUUAGUUCCAACCAAAUUCGGGAUAUCCUUCACAACAAAGUUUAUGAAUCAGGCAGGUGCACUUGUUCAAGUCUACACAGAUGGAACAGUAUUAGUUACUCACGGAGGUGUGGAGAUGGGGCAGGGUUUGCACACAAAAGUUGCUCAGAUUGCUGCAUUUUCCUUCGACAUUCCACUCAGUGCAGUUUUUAUAUCUGAUACUAGUACAGACAAGGUUCCAAAUGCAUCACCAACAGCAGCUUCUGCAAGCUCUGAUAUGUACGGAGCUGCUGUUUUGGAUGCAUGCGAGCAAAUAAAAGCAAGAAUGGAGCCAAUCACAUCUAAGCGUAAUUUCAACUCUUUUGCGGAGCGUGUGACAGCUUGCUAUCUAGAGAGAGUAGACCUCUCUGCUCAUGGAUUUUUCAUUACCCCUGAAAUUGGCUUUGACUGGAAAACUGGUCAAGGAACCCCAUUCAGAUACUUCACCUAUGGGGCUGCAUUUGCUGAAGUUGAAAUUGAUGCAUUAACGGGAGAUUUUCACACUAGCAGAGCAGAUAUUCUCUUGGACCUUGGAUUUUCUCUUAAUCCUGCAAUUGAUGUCGGACAGAUAGAGGGAGCAUUUAUACAAGGAUUGGGCUGCGUGGCCUUAGAAGAGCUCAAAUGGGGGGAUCCGGCCCACAAAUGGAUUCCAUCCGGAUGCCUUUUCACCUGUGGACCCGGAAGCUACAAAAUACCUUCCAUCAAUGAUAUCCCUUUCAAAUUCAAUGUUUCGCUUUUGAAACUAGGGUUUAUGGCUCUCUCAAUUUCUCGCUGGAUGUAUUUCUGCGUACUCUCUCCNCUCUCCGUCGUCAACGUGAGAUCAUAUCUGUACUUAUAUAGGAACCAUAUGAGAACCCUAGUUAUAUCUGCACUUGAACUCUUCGGCAACUGACAUUCCUAGACUGCAUGGGUCUCUAUUUCAGCUUCGUAGAGAUCAGGGAUCAUCUUCCACUUGUUUACGGAAACAUAUGCGUGACAUGGUAGGACUCUACACCCAGCCAGUUACUACGUACGUACAAACAAAACACACAUUCCUAUUUAUUUGUUUUUGUCACAAGGAUAAGGCCAACAAAAUAAACAAGAUAAACAAAAACUCUCCCCCUUA